AUGCCUGUCGCUCUGUCCAAGUCUGCUGCUGCCGUCACCGCUGAGAUCGGUGGCCAGGAGAAUGUUGACCAGCUCAACAGAGUAUCAAGAGAUUUCCGAAGCGACACUGUCACAAUUCCCACCGACAACCAGCUUCUCUACGCCCUCAAGGCCACCCGAGGCGACGAUGUGUACGGCGAAGACCCCACAACUGCCGCUCUGGAGAAGAGAGUCGCGGAGCUUACUGGCAAGGAGGCUGCGAUGUUUGCCGUGAGUGGUACUCAGACCAACCAACUGGCAAUCAGGACACAUAUGAAGCAGCCCCCUCACAGUGUCAUUACUGACUGGAGGGCGCAUGUGCACAAGAUGGAAGCUGGUGGUAUCGCCAUGUUCUCUCAAGCUACGACCCACCAAAUUGUGCCCGAAAACGGUGUCAACCUCUCACUUGAAGAUGUCGAGUCCAACCUUCAGCUUGGUGAAGACAUCCACAUCGCCCCCACCAAGCUCAUCUGCCUCGAGAACACCUUGUCUGGUAUGAUCUUCCCUCAGGAGGAGGUCGUCAAGAUUGGAGAGCUGGCGAAGAAGCACGACAUUGCGUUGCACUUGGACGGUGCCAGAAUUUGGAACGUCGCUGCCGAUCUGACUGAAAACAGCUUGACUGAGCUCAUCGCCCCCUUCGACACUGCCUCCCUCUGUCUCUCCAAGGGUAUCGGUGCCCCCAUUGGUUCCAUCCUUGUCGGUCCUAAAGACUUUAUCCAAAAAGCGAGGUGGUUCAAGAAGGCCUUUGGUGGUGGUAUCAGACAGGCUGGUGGUAUCACUGCUUCCGCCGACUAUGCCAUCACAAACCACUUCCCCAAGCUGGCUGUGACCCACCAGCUGGCGAAGAGGCUCGAGCAGGGUCUGAGAGAGGCUGGCUGUGAUAUCUUGGCGCAGGUCGACACCAACAUGGUCUUCUUCCAACCCAACAAGAUCGGUCUGCCCUUGGACACCGUCAAGGCCCGACUCGCUGCCCUUCCCAACCCCAUCACCAUCGGCCGUGAACGUAUCGUCCUCCACCACCAAAUUACCCCCGAGGCUGUUGAAGACUUUAUCGCCUGCGUUGCCGAGAUGAAGCAGGAGAAGCUCGAGAGCGGCGAGCUCCAGACAGAGAUUGACGCUGAGGCAAAGAGGAUGGCGGAGCGUUAUGCCACGCCGGAGGGUGAGGGCAACACGAGCAAGUCCGAGUUGAGGAGGAGGGCCGCCUUGGGUUACUAA